GAUUGGGGGAAAGAAGUUGAAGGGGGAGCCGUACAUGCGGUGCGCUAGUCUCAUGCAGGAAUGAAGACUGACGCACGAGGGCGCUUGCUCAGCGAGUCAACAAGUCAAGAGAAUGCGCGAGGCUUGAGAGAAGGUCUGCGUUUCUUUCCGGACCACACAUCCACCUUUUGCACCCACCUUCCCCCCUCCCUUGUUUCAGUCGGGAAAUUCGAAACGGAUCGUGUGCCAUGACCUCCUAGUUCUGCGGUCUCCGGUCUUGUGCUCCGCCCACGCCUCGGCUAAUUAAGACCCUCGCGAAGGCGUUGUGAUGGUGUCAUCCUGCUGUGAUCAAAGCCGGCGCAGGUUGUUGCCCAGCCUUUCUGCUCCAGGCUAGCGUAGCGGUAGACUGUGCCAGGUGCUGUGACGGUGUCAUCGAGCUGACAUCGAGUUCUGAGACUGUGAUCCAGUUUUCAAACAGACUGUUCUGAUGGUGGCACCAAUUAACUGAUUGUCAGGUGUUCGGUUAGAGACAUCCGUGCCGUAAAAGUCUGAACUAUAACCAGAGCGUGGAGUGUAAAGACCUCUAAAGACCACCCACAUAAACUGGAGGGGACGCCUUCAAAACAUCAUCCAAUUGCAAUCUUAGUUUAUACGAAAGCGAUUAUAAUCGUCAUCCAUCUGUAAUUACGGCAUAAUGCUGGCGGCGACUUCGAGACCUAAACUGAACCCUCACCUGGUCUAACCUUCCACUUCAGAGUGUUUGAGUAGACUCUUCGCUAUUGUUUGACAGUCUAUGCAAAAUCUUAGAAACUUCAUGGACCAAGGCAUAACGAUGUUGGUGUUGCGCCUGACACACCAGCUACAUGCUCCUGCAGGAAAAAAAGUGUUUUGAACUGCUUGGCAGUUAACCACUUCCCAUUGUAAUGUGUGCACACCCUGUGUCGUAUUAACGCAGAGUCUGCUGUGUCAUACUACGGCACCCUACCACGAAGACUAUCGUCUUACAAUGAUUCGAGGUCCAGUUCAAGCGUCUGUUCCGACAUUGGAUCGUUUCCCGCGAGAAGUGGGUUCCAGAGCUCACGUGCACCCUGUUCAAGCUCGUGCAGCCUCUCCUCUGGUGCUUCACCCAUCUGCGGACUGGAGGCUGCACCCCAACAUUGCCUCGUCCACUUUCUGGCGAUCUCCGUACAACGAAAUCUUCCGCCAGCCGCGCUCCGCGGGGCCAUCGAAGCAAGAGCAGCCACUUCCGAAUGUUAAACAAAGUUCCGCUUCCUCAGAGCGAGAAGAUGCGACAGUUGCGGAGAAGGCGGCAGACCCCGUCAAAAGCAUUCUCAAAAACGGUGGCGACAACAGGGAUUCUGCUUCCGACACCUCCAGCGACAAUGCGCGCAAGAUUCGCGGCAUCCUUUGCAAGUCCUCCGUCUCCUGUAGCAGCCGCCAAUCGACAGGAAAGGUUCAGAAAAGAGUCAAGUUUGACGUCAACCUCGAUUAUCGCCAAGCCCCUUUUCAAAACUUCCCGACGUGCACUUCCAACAAGACAGACGAUCGCCCCGACCUUCAGCAGCCAGCGCGCCCUGUGUCCAUGACUGCAGACGAUGGAAGAGGGCGAAUCUUGCUCAGGACUACUGGUCUACGUCACGACGGCCAACGCCUUCAAAGCGUCGACAAGGCCUCGGCUCAUAUUCCUAAUCACCUACAACCCCACAACCAGCAAGAACACGUUGCAGACUUGGAUACAGCCCAGGGAAGUCACAGAUCCGCGCGGACGGUUCCCAAAUGCCCCAGCGUGCCAACCAUGACCUUACCCCGAUCGCUAAUGAACAGAGAUCGUUACAAAUAUCAGAGAUCAACCUUUGAACUGAUGCAAGCUCCACCACCAAGUCCCACCGAGGGGACAGGAAGUGCCGUCGCCAGCACGCGCCUGAAUCCGCACGCUCUAGAGUUCAAGAUCUACAGACGACCUCUGUCCAUCUGCUCCGGCAGCAGCCUGCAGAAUUCUUCAGCUCCGCGAGGAAGAGUCAGAUUCUUUGACAACAGAGCUGGCAUCAGCAACACUACCACCACCAGCAACAUCAUCAGUGGCAAUAGGGUGACGGCUCGUCUCGGCAGAUCCAUGACGUCACCCGAAAUAACUCUUCCUCGGCCGGUGAGGCGGCUUCAGCCUUCCGUCCAAGACGAACUAUCUUUCAUGCUGUCCACAACCAGACUUCAGCCGCACCUGGGCAACAGCAGCGCUGCUGCAGCUCGCUUCGCCAGGCCGAAGGCUGCCAAGGUCAGGGACGAGGGAAAUGAUGAGGAGGAGGAGCAAGAUAAUGACGAGCAGCAAUGUUUUCUGGACGACGAUAAGACAGUGCAUAUCCUCCACUGGCUGGAGGAAGUGGGGCAUACACAAACGAGGGAAGGACGCUGCCCUGUUUUCCCAAACAGUAUCAGCAGAGAAGGUUGAUGUCAAAGGCAGUGGCUUCAAGACUGAUUAUUACCUCAGAAAGUUCUCUUUGACUAGGAAUCAGACAAAACAUUAAAACGAUUUGAGUGCAUGUAGUGGAAAGCGAGCAGUUCCAUAAGUACUCAGUCUAUGUUUUAUACAACUUUUUAGAAAACGGUUUUAGUAUUUACAAAUCUGGCUGACUGAUUAAAGUCUUUUGAAAUAUUUCUCUUUUCGAGGUUAGGCGAUGAAUGACCAAUGACAGGUGUGCGUAGUUUAAGAGAGUUGUAACAUUUCCCAGUGGUCAUCACGAUCUUUUUAUACAGAUUUACAGUGUUAAUUAUUGGGUGGAACUGCGAAAAAUCCUCAUCAUUAGUCCCUUCGCACUUAUUGGCAGUCAGAUCACGUGACGAUAUUACUAGAUCUCCCCAACUUUCUCGAUCGGUUCUCCCUCCUCUGGUGUGCGGUGAAAGAGACCAGUCCACUGUUGGAUGUUGGAUGUUGUCUGCCCAUUUUUUUUCUUUUUUGUUUAUUUUGUCUGCCACUUUCUUCUGUUUCCUGCUCUCUGUUGGAGUCCAAGUUCACAUGUAAGAAUAUGGAGAUGAGCAGGCAGCGCAUUGGCUAUUCGGAGUGGAAAGAGUUCCUGUCGGUCAAGAUAUAUUUCAGUUUGGUGAGCACCUCAGGUUUUAAGCCUUCGUUCAAUUAGCCCAGCCAUUUAAAACUCUGGACUGUAGUUUCUCGUCCUUGACCCGGGUCUUGAGUUGUUGUUCAGAGUCCUGAACUUAGUCCUUUCUUCAUUGAUCUCCAUGGCGUGCGAAUGUUUGCUAGCUGACCCAUCUAUACCAUCGGCAAGCCACAAGUUGGCGAGAUUCCUGACUAAACCAUCAUGUUCUUCUGUCGAAUCUGUCACGAUUCUUUUGAGAAAGCCGCUACAAAAUGUAAGAAUCGUAUGCAGCCUUAACUCAGAUCGGUUGCUCUGAACCUGUCACAUCUGAUAUCAGUGAAAAGGAUUGCACUGCCUUUGUCAUAUAGAUGUUCAAUGGUUUUGGUGUUGAACUCGUGGCUGCAUGGUGUUGUAUCUUACUGUUUCAAAUUUCUCCUGACGUCUGAGAGUGUACAAAAUACUACUUCGCAAAUCUGAACACAGCCAAGCCUAUCAUUAGGAAUGUUAUGGAGUUCUGUCUUUAACAAAGUUCUGUCCCAUUUAUCUAACAAACAACCCCAGUCUUAUAGAUCUUUGAAUGCUCUUCGAGACAGUUUUGAUCAAGAAUUAUUUAGUGAGGGGGCCCCAGAGAUACCUGAAAGAGAACCAUCAAGAAGGACCUCACGUCUUUACCAGACUUUUCCAGCUUUCCCUUGACUCUUUGGUGUCCCCCGCUUAUGGCGCACAUCAACAAUAACAACAGUGCCAAAGAAGCCUAAUGCUACAGACUUUAAAGAUUUCCGACCUGUGGCUAUCACGUCUGUUGAGGCCAAGUGUUUGGAGAGGGUUGUGGGCAGUUUGAUAACUCCACCGUGAAUGUUGUAUAUGGGUAUGUCGGCGCGUUAUAUUUGUAUAUUCUUCUUGUUCCUAAUCACCCCAGUGGAGCAUAGAGCCGCACUUUUUGUAUAUAUAUAUAUACUUAUGUUUGUGUGUAGUGAUUGAGAUAUAAAAAUUCUGUCGGACUGUCUUGUACAGACAAUAAAGUUUGAUUAGG